AUGAAGCUCCUAGCAACUCUGGCUCUCCUGGCGCCACUGGUGGCAUCGCGUUCUCUAGAAACAGACUCAUCAAGUCCUCGUUCGGCUAAAGUCAGCUACGAUGGACAUCAUCUUUACAGAAUAAGAGCUGCGGACCAGAAGGAAGCCGAAUUCCUCACGAAACGAUUUGCCACGUACCAUACGGAGGUUACUUCUCGUGGGUUUGAGGUCAUUAUUCCGCCCAAUGAGGUCCGCAGUUUCAACGAGCUGGGCCUCAAUGCUCGUUUGCUGAGUGAUGACAUUGGAUCGCAAAUUCGGGAUGAAAGCAAGACGCCAACUUACAAGCGCUCGCUACACAAAGCUGGCGAGCUUCCGGAUUUGAGCUGGUAUGAUUCAUACCAUGCAUAUGACGACCAUCUCCAGUACUGGGAUGACCUAGUGGCUGCUUUCCCAAAGAAUUCUAAAAAGUAUGAUAUUGGUUCUUCGUACGAAAAUCGCACCAUCUACGCUUUCCACUUCUUUGGCGAUAAGGGCAUCAAGGGAGAUAAGCCCAUCAUUUUGUGGCAUUCCACGGUCCACGCAAGAGAAUGGAUUACAACAUCGGUCAUCGAAUACUGGGCGUGGCAGCUCAUCAACGGACACAGGUCAAGGAACCCAGAUAUUACGAGAAUUCUCGACUACUAUGACUUCUGGCUGGUUCCAUUCCACAAUCCCGAUGGCUUCUAUUAUACUCAAACUACUGAUCGCAUGUGGAGGAAGAAUCGCCUGCCUCGCAGCAAUACCACCUGCGUUGGAACAGAUCUCAACCGCAAUUGGAAGUUCGAGUGGGGUGGUGAACCAGGCACGGGAGCCGCAUCUACAGACCCAUGCGAUGAGACUUUCCAGGGUCUGAGCCCAGGUGAUACUCCUGAAAAUAUCGUAUUAUCAGGCCUCUCGGACAAACUUGGAGCAUCACGGAAGGGAAUUCGCUCAUAUAUCGAUCUUCACAGCUAUGGCCAAAAGAUUCUGACCCCACCAGGGUGGACAUGCAACACCUCUCAGUACCCAGCUACGCUUCCUCGUAUGCUUGAGGUUGCAGAGGGUUUUGCCAAUGCCGUACAAGGAUUUGACAGCCGCAAUGAAACAUACCAGUAUGGAGCAGGCUGUGAUAUUGAGUAUUACUCGGCUGGUAAUGGCCGUGACCACCACUACGGCGCGUAUGGCGCGGAUCACUCCUGGACUCUAGAGCUAGACCCAGUGACGUCUGGCCAAGGUGGCUUUGUCCUGCCUCCAGCAAAUAUUUGGCCUGUUGUCCAGGAACAGUGGGCAGGAGUGCUCUGGCUGCUCAAUAACGUUUGGUUCAACUAG